GGGAGCCGGACGGUCUCACUCAGCCGGCGGCAGCAGAGCAGGAGGCGGCGUUUCCUCUGCUUCCCUUCCCCGCACCGCGAGAAGCCUCCUCCGCACAGAUCCUUCAAAAUGGAAGAAGAAAUCGCAGCGCUCGUCAUCGACAAUGGCUCCGGCAUGUGCAAAGCUGGCUUUGCGGGAGAUGACGCUCCCCGUGCUGUGUUCCCCUCCAUCGUCGGGCGCCCCAGGCACCAGGGUGUCAUGGUGGGCAUGGGGCAGAAGGACAGCUAUGUAGGUGAUGAGGCCCAGAGCAAGAGAGGCAUCCUCACCUUGAAGUACCCCAUUGAGCACGGUAUUGUCACCAACUGGGAUGACAUGGAGAAAAUCUGGCAUCACACUUUCUACAAUGAGCUCCGCGUGGCUCCCGAGGAGCACCCUGUCCUGCUCACAGAGGCUCCUCUGAACCCCAAGGCCAACAGAGAGAAGAUGACACAGAUCAUGUUUGAGACCUUCAACACCCCAGCCAUGUACGUUGCCAUCCAGGCUGUGCUGUCCCUGUAUGCCUCUGGUCGUACCACUGGUAUUGUUAUGGACUCUGGGGAUGGUGUCACCCACACUGUGCCCAUCUAUGAGGGCUAUGCUCUGCCCCAUGCCAUCCUGCGUCUGGACUUGGCUGGCCGUGACCUGACAGACUACCUCAUGAAGAUCCUGACAGAAAGAGGCUACAGCUUCACUACAACAGCUGAAAGGGAGAUUGUCCGUGACAUAAAGGAAAAGCUGUGCUAUGUCGCCCUGGACUUCGAGCAGGAGAUGGCCACUGCUGCCUCUUCCUCCUCCUUGGAGAAGAGCUAUGAGCUGCCUGAUGGUCAGGUGAUCACCAUUGGCAAUGAGCGGUUCAGGUGUCCAGAAGCUCUCUUCCAGCCAUCCUUCCUGGGUAUGGAGUCCUGUGGCAUUCAUGAGACCACUUUCAACUCGAUCAUGAAGUGUGAUGUAGACAUCAGGAAGGACCUGUAUGCCAACACAGUAUUGUCUGGUGGUACCACAAUGUACCCUGGAAUUGCUGACAGAAUGCAGAAGGAAAUCACAGCUCUGGCACCUAGCACAAUGAAGAUCAAGAUCAUUGCUCCACCUGAGCGCAAAUACUCUGUCUGGAUUGGUGGCUCCAUCCUGGCAUCUCUAUCAACCUUCCAGCAGAUGUGGAUCAGCAAGCAGGAAUAUGAUGAGUCUGGCCCAUCCAUUGUCCACCGUAAAUGCUUCUAAAUGGACUGCUAGCAGAUGCACAGCAUCUGCUGCAUGAGUUGUUCCACUAGUAUACAUUUGCCCAGGCAAAUCUAUACACCUCAUGCUAGCCUCAUAAAACUGGAAUAAGCCUUCUUUCAAAAGAAACUUGCCCUUGGAAAGUCUGUAUCUGAUGUUAGACAAUGUCAGCACUGGAUUGUUGAGCUGUCACUUGAUUUGACCUUGUAUACAAGUUAACUGUUCCCUUGGUGUACACCUUAGCAAAAUACCCUGUACAGAUUUGAUCUAAGCCUUGGGACAGGUGCCUCACUCUUGUCGUCACAUCCUUGGUAAGGUUAACUUGUGUUUUGUGGGGAGCCUAUUCUGACAGUGGUUCUCACAGCUUGCUAUACUGACAGUGAUACUUCUCCAAGAGCACAGGCUCUAGGGCUUGAGACAAAUUUGUACAGGGUAUUUGGAGUCAGACUUCCAGUACAUUCAGUGUGGAGUAUUCCAGAUUUCGUGUAGAGGCUGGUAGGAGUCCAUCAAGAAUUCACUUCUGUUGCUGCCGUUCUAGCAAGGUUGGGAAACAUAUCACAUCCAAGCCUUAUGAACCAGUCUUCAUUUUCCUACCCACCUGUAUCCCAGUAAAACAUCAUGGGGCUGAAGUUACUCAACUUGAGUUGCAGAAACCUUGCAUUUACACCUGUAAAUUUAUGCAUCAAGUUUAAUUUAUGUAAGAUUUUUGUACGUUGCCUUAAUGUUCUCACAUGACAGUAGGAAACCAAAAUUUGUAAGUCAUCCUAAAGUUGAGAAAUUGUAAUGCCCAACAACACAUCAUUGUGUAAGGAAAAUAAAAAAGCGCUGCAGUAAACUUAA